AAAACAUGGAACAUCUCGAUAAAACGGAACGCAACCUGUUGGAACAAUCCAACCAAAUCGCUACCUUGGGCGAAUAUCUUGCAUGGGAACAGCGAUGCGAGAAGUUUAUUGAGCAGCUCGAAGAAGACUGUCGUUCCAAACGUCCGCGGCUGUCAAUCACAGAUGAGAGCCGCGUAAACAGACAAUCUUUAGUGGCAAGAAUCGCGCGACUCGAAGGUGCGAAGACUCUAUUACAGAGACGGUUCGUACAUAUCGGUGGUGAGUACGCGGCGGGCGCCGCUAGUAGUGACGAUAACGCGGAAAGACUCGUUUGGCGAGAGAUCGAUGCCGCGUUCGAAAACCGUGUAUCGACCGGUGCGGUGAUAAAUAUCAAUUACAUCGAACCGCGAAAAUUUCUCGAAGACGCUGAAGUCAUCGUGCUCGAUCGUGUGCGGAACGUCAUGCAAAGACACGCAAGUGUAAAGAUAAACACUGUGUUCAACGGCGAGUUUGUGACGGGUGACAAACGUGCGAACAAAAGUGUCGGCACGGGAAACUAUGAACUCUUUCGUGCGUCCGAUCUGCGCGAGUGGUACGAGCAACACGUUAUCGAGCCUACUUUAUCACGUCUCGAAGAGUUUCAGGAACGCGACAGCGGGUGGGCGUUGUCGCGUAUACUCAAUCUGACUGUGAACGUGAACAAAUACAAUCCUUUGCACGCGGGAUGUUACAUCAAUUUACCGCAAGAAAUUAAAUCGAAGAAAGCGGUGAUCAACGUGCAUUCUGUGGACAAUGCAUGCUUCGCGUGGUCAGUGGUGGCUGCUUUACAUCCAGUCGAAAGACAUUCAGAACGGGAAUCCUCGUACCGACAUUACACAACAGUAUUAAAUUUACAAGGCAUUGAGUUUCCAAUGAUUUUGAAACAGAUUAAAAAGUUCGAACGACUCAACGAUAUAUCCAUCAAUGUGUAUACCAUCGAGGGAGAGAAGACGCCAACCGUUCUCCCGAUACAGCUCACCGACCUGAAGAGAGAAAAGCACGUCAAUUUGCUGUACGUGCAGGACCCGCGAGACAACAACGUGGGGCAUUUCGCGUGGAUAAAAAAUCUAUCGCGUCUCGUUAGCUCGCAAUUGAGCAGGCACAAUGGUCGGAAAUACUUUUGCGAUCGUUGUUUACAUUAUUUUAGAUCGAGCGAGAAAUUGGAAGCCCACGGAGUAGACUGCCGAGAGAUAAACAACUGUGCGAUCCGACUACCGAGCGAGGACGACAAGUGGCUGAGUUUUAAGAAUCACAGCAGGAAGGAACGAGUUCCGUUCGUCGUGUACGCCGACCUGGAAUGUACCCUCGAGAAGACGGAUGCGGAUCCGACAACGUCCAUAUACACGUCUCAACAUCAUCGAGUAUUUAGCGUAGGAUAUUACAUGCGGUGCUCGUACGACGACUCGUUAUCCGCGUAUCGAUUUCGUCGCGAUAAGGAUUGCGUCGCGUGGUUCGUCGAGGAACUAAGACGUUUAGCACACGACGUAAAGAGUAUCUUAUCCGGUAAUGUUUGCAUGACGGAAUUAACGCGAGACGAGCGGGAGAUAUUUCACAGUGCGACGCAUUGCCACAUUUGCGAAAAACCGUUCGAGCCAGACGACGUGCGA